GCCAACCCUUAAAUGAAGUCUGAGAAGGGGUGGAUCCUGGCUCCAGCCCUGCUGGUCACUCAGGUACACCGCAUGCAGCUGAGCUUCCCUGGGCUGGCCUUGCCUUCCCACCAGGUGCUCCAUCACUGCUUCAGGCUGUGACUUAGCAUUUCCACUACACCAAGGAAAUUUCUCAUACAGAGGAGGAAAGAAACUGUUUAAAGAUUAGCAUCACCUAAUUUUUAGUUGUUUUGUCUUUUGGUCAUGCUAGUAAUUAAGCCUUGAUUUUGGAGUAGAUCAUAUAUAUCAGUAUCCCCAGCUGUUAUGGUUUUUUUUGUUGUUGUUUUUUAAUUUAAUUCCCAAGAGCUAAGCAGUGGUUUGCCAAGUGGAUGUGGUAAUAUGCACGCUGUAGAGAUAGGAAGUACCUGCAUUUUGUGUUUCUGCCUCACUGCAGAAGUACUAAUAAAAUACAAGUUUUCCCCAUGCAUGGCUGUUGGCAGACACAACUGAUACCCUGAUCUAUAUAGAAGGUCUUGUGAAAGCAAGCACCUAGCAGAUACAUGGAAGAUAAUUUGCAUUUCACAGCUGAAGUUUGCAAUUCAUAAAUGAAUAAAUAUGGAAUGCAUUGUUUCCCUAUUUGGAUGUUUACUGGUCAGUUGCUUGAUCCAAUUUAUCCGGGUGGUGAAAAGUGAUAAUAACAAACAUAUAGCCUGCACCUACAUCUGUAGAUUAUGGCUUGUAUUUUUCUGUUCCUGAGAUAACCAAGCAAGUCUUUCUUUUCCAGUGUCUUCACCUCAGCCCAGAUAACUUGGUUCAAGUCAGUUUUGCUUGCCCUAGCAUAAAUUCAGUUGUGACAUCACAAAGGUUACCUCUUUGUUUCAUGGCAAUGACUGAACUUGGAAGAGGAAGGGGCAGGAGGAGGCACAGAAAAUAAAUCAUGAAUACAGGUUAGACCAUAGUUUAGACACAAGAACUUGGAUCCUGACAACUUGAGUACAGAGGCAAAGAAAGGACUAUCACUUUUGGAUGUAAAAAAGGCAACUUUUAGCUAUUUGCUUCAAAGGCUAUCCUGUGGGAAUUACAAGACAUUUAGCUAGCAAAUUCAUUCAUCUAGGUUUUGUUCUGCACUCAGAAGAGUUGUCAAGAAGUAUUUCCUCAAUGGAGGAUGACAGUGACCUUGAGCAGAGCUCCUGGGCUAAUUUACCUGAUGUCUGUCUGAGGCAUGUCUUCCAUUGGUUAGAUGACAAGGACAGAUCUCAAGCUGCGUUGGUCUGUAAAAAAUGGAAUCAAGCCAUGUACUCAGGAUCCCUCUGGAGAACCAGAACCAUCACAUUCAAUGGCCAACCAUCAAGGGCACAUGCAUUUGAAUUUGAAACUGCACUGUGGUACGUCAAGAAAUUUGGCAAGUAUUUGGAACACCUUGAAAUCAAGCUAUUGCAUCCUUACAGUACUGUCUUUACCCGAAAAUUUCAAGUGUCUAUGAGAAGCCUUCUCUCACACUUGGGUAAAUGUAACUGUCGCCUGGUAUCCUUGAGCAUCAAGCACCUGGAAUUAGAUCGCUUGGUCUGGAAAAACAUAGUCAGGGCUCAGUUUAUCAAGAACUUAGGUACCUUUCUGAAAAGAAUGAGCAAACAGCUUAAUUAUCUCAACUUAAAAGGAGCAAGAGUAACCUUGGAAGAAGGCUGUGAGCUUUUGAAUUCUCUGAGCUGCCUGACUAAUAAAAGCUUUAUAUCUGAAUUAAAUAUUGAGGAUUUCUUCAGUCUCCAUCUUCCUGUCUACAGCAGCACCUUGUUCCAUCAUACUGUGUCCAAGUUCCACAGCCUGGUUAUCCUGACUUUCAAUUAUAACUGUGUGUCUGAUGAACUGCUGGACAAUCUGUGUAAGAACAGUGCUCAUUCCCUGUGCACCUUGAAUAUCAAAUGUCAUAUCCAUGACCCCCAUGGGCAAGUGGUCUGGGGAAUGUCAUGGGCCAACUUGGCCAAAAGAGCCCCAAAAUUGAAUGUGAACUUCUACUUUGAAAGAGUCAUGAAGCAUGACCACCUAGCCAGGAUCCUACUAGUGGAGAUACCAGUCAGGAGCAUCAGUUUACGAAGCUGCUAUUUCAGAGACCCAGACUGGAUGAUGAGACCUACUCUCACCAACAUCCUUCCAGCCUACUGGCAUGUGCUGCAGAAAUUAACCCUUGAAGUAAACAAUGACAAUGAGCUGCUGGAUGAUGAGCUGCUACAGCUCAUCUUAUCAUGCAGGAAAUUGUUUUUUCUGAAAGUCUGGGCAUUUCUUAGUGUCACUUUUGUGGAGAGGUUGCUACAUAAUCGUGCAGAAAGGAAAUGCUUUUUAACUACAAUAAAGGUCAGGAUUUACACAUCCCGACAGGAGACCAGUGAGGAGGAGCAGCUGUUGCACACUAUUUACAAGAAGUUCAAAAAUCUGAUUGACUCAGAACUUAACUAUUUUGUCAUCACCUAUCCACUGGUGUAAAGCCACAAGGAGUUGCGUCUGCAAAUGAUGAACAAAUCCUUUGGAGGGCAUUAGUAGGAGAACUGAAUCUUGUCAGCAUGCCUCUGAAAGGAAGAUACCAUUGUAUGCAAAGGACAAUUUUACUAUGCCCUGGAUUAAAGUGUUGGAUUUGGGAACCAG